GGCAAAAGUGGACAGCAUUUUAAUAACAAUAAAAACUACAGAAUGGCAAGUUUUAGUGUUGAAAACCAACACAAUUCAAGUGACGCAGUUGACAUGAAAGGUAUGGACACAUGUCGGCCACAUGGCAAGAAGAUCAGGUUUUACUGUAAUGACCAUUCCAAGCUCUGCUGUACUACAUGUGCUGUCUUGCAUGGUAAAUGUGAUCGAUUAGAUGAAAUAGCCACUGUGUCUGAACGACAAGUACCAGCCCCGAGUUUCCUACAAAAGAUCUUACAGCAAUCAGAAGCAGAUGCAGAUUCUGAAAUAAUGGACUGUAAACAGUCAGAAACGGGCUUGGAUAAGUAUAUUGCAAAUAUUUCUGAAGAGUUACAGGAAAUGAGAGAUUGUUUUAUGAAACUGUUUGACAUUGCCGAAAAUAAAAUAAUGCAAGAAGCAAAUGCAAUAAAGUCGAAAGAAGUAAAACUAAUUCAAGAAAGACAUGCAGCAUCUUCCAAGGUUAAGACAGAAAUAAAAGAAGUGUUGUCAAUUUGUUCCACUCUGUUGGAACAUGGAACGAAAGAGGAAAAGUAUAUAUUCUGGCGGAAUAUUGUGGAAAAAAAUCAAACUUUCCAAUCUGAUAUCACUGAUCAACGAAAAAAGAAAGUCGCAACAACAAUGGCAGUUUGUUUUCCAAAGGAACUACUGUCAAUGCUUGAAAAAGGAAACAAUUUUAUCAAACUGAUUUGCGAGCGAAACAUAACAGUGGAAACCAGUUCCAUUUCCUCAUCCCAACCAAGGCCAGUCACUCUGAAGCUGCUCGUGUCCGUGGAUCUACACAAGACUAGAGAUGGUGACAAGGGGCCUUGGCUCACUGGACUUGACUUCCUGCCUGACAAGAGACUGGUAGCCGUUGAUAACAAGAACUGGCAAUGUAUCAUACUGAAUGAGCGACUACAGAGACUUGGAACACCGUACAAGUUCAAGCGGUCCCCACUUAGCGUAGUGUGUGUGUCUCAUGAUGUACUGUGUGUAACGUUUGGUAUAGGUAAAGUAGUUUAUCUCAUGUCUGUGAGUACAGACAAUACCAUCAUACUGACGAGGAAGAUCAAAACAUCAUACAAUUUCUACUCUAUAUGCUGCAUGUCACCAUCCUACAUGGUCGUAAGUGCGCACGAUGAUCUUUGUCCUGCGAGAAUAAUAUCAGUGCAUGGUGUGGAGUCUGAGUUUGAUCACGUGGUUUUCCCUAAGAAGUCUUUUAAAAUAGAUGAAUGUAAGUGCACGUAUGUCCAGUCGAAGAACACUUUAGUACUGUCUGACAAGUACGCUCACACAGUGUACUUUUACGACACCGUAGAGGGCAGAUCUAGAGCAGUCACUAAUAAAAUCAUACAGCAACCUCGUGGCGCCUGUGUAGGGCCUGGUGACACGGUAAUGGUGUGCAGUGUGAAGAAGAACUCCAUCGUGCACAUGAAUGUAAAUGGGGACAUACUGGGUACAUACCCAGUGGAUAUGGAAUGCCCGAACACAAUAUGUGUGUCUAAGGAUGGCACUAGGCUGGCGAUGUCUAACAGCAUCAAAGGCGCCGAGAAACUUCACGUGUACAUUAUAUCAACGGCGAUGAGUUAGUUGACUAGCAGGAUGUCGACAAUGCGAUCAUUUUGUACACACAUAUUAAAAAUAAACGUUCUUUUCA